UCAAUAUUAAUAUGUAUUAAUUAGUAGGUGGCGGGAGGGUGAGCUCUGUGGUUGUCGCAGCAGGUGGCAGCACCGAGCUGAUUUUUACUUGGUGCAGUUCAUCCUCCGUCCGCCGGCGGCAGCACCGAGCUAAUUUCCGGUCACAGACAGGAAGAGACGAGGAGGGGCAGGUUUAAACACCUGAGCGGUGUCACGAGCGGUGUCAAGAGGUGAGCCUUCUGGACUCACACUCAGACCUGCCUCUGACCUCAGGCUGAUUUCAGUGACUUUAUUUAAAGUUAAAACGUUAAACCAGGUUCAGAUCGAUGUUAGAAUCACACUUUCCACUCUCUCAGUUCCCGCCGUUCCCGCGCGGCACUGCGCAGGCGCGCUCCGGCAGCCCGUCGUCAUGGAGACGGUUUGUUAUUCCUGACUCAAGAAGACACUGAAAACUCCUGAAAGCACGUGAACACACACAGGGAGGCGGUAAAACCAGCUCCGGUGAUGGCGACGUCAGAGCGUGAUGUCAUCGAUUUCUCUGCGUUGGAGUGCGAGCUGCAGGCGGCGGUGGAGUCGGAGCGGAGGCACCGGCGAGAGAACGACGCCAAGCUGAGGGCGGUCGAUCAGAAAGUCGCCACCUACAGGGAGUUCAGAGACCUGGUCCUGGCCUGUCGCCUGAAGCCUCUGGACAAGAAAGAUAAAGACGGAGCUCCACGGAAACAGCCCUGGAACCCCGUCGCCCCGAGCAACAAGUGAUGCCUGGUCGCCAUAGCAACAACGGGCCAGAUGAACCCACUGAGUGUUUUCACUGUGACGUUAAUUAAACAUGUUUUUAGUUUCCGUGUCUUUAAA